UUACGUUUCUAGACCGUGUGAAAGCGUUUCGUCAAAUCGACGUGGAAAACUAAGAACAUACUGUACUUUUAAGAUAAACAGAGUGUUAUACGAAAGAACAUUUUAUUCGCGGUUUGGUUGAAUGAAAUUACGUCUUAAAACACAAACAAUUACUCGCUGGAAAGAAUUACGAUAAAAAGGGUGGACAUAAAGGAGAACAAUGUUGAAACGUAAAUUUGACGAGUUAGAAGAUAGGGGACCAGCAAAAAAUUCAUUAGACUCGGAUGAAGAAGAUGAUGCCCCUGAAGAUAAUUAUAACGUAAUGAACGAGGAUGAAAUUGAAGGUGUAGAGGAUGGGCCAACUGCUCCUGAAACAAACGUGGGUUUCACUGCAUUUAAUAUGAAGGAAGAGUUAGAAGAAGGACACUUUGAUAAGGAUGGACAUUAUCUUUGGAACAAGGAGAAAGAAAUAAGAGAUAAUUGGUUAGACAACAUUGAUUGGAUGCAGAUCAAACCAAGUUCCACGGCGGGAGUAUUGAAGGAAAGCAAAAGCAGUGAGAAACAUGGAUUGGCUGAUAGUGAUAGUGAUAGUGAUGAUGAAGGCCCAGAUAUUAUGUUCAAUCCAGUUCAUCUCUAUAAACAAAUAUUGGAAUACUUACAACCUGGAGAAACAGUGUCCAAGGCAUUGUGCAGGCUUGGCAAAGGAAAAAAGAGAUUAACUACAGCAGAAAGAUGGAAGAGGAAAAAAGAAAAGAAGGAAGUAGAGGAUGAUGAAAAUUCUGUGAAUAUAAUGAAAUUAACAGAAUUGGCAAAUGAAUUGCUCACUCGAACUGGCAACAUGGAUAUAUACCAAGAAAGUUAUGAUCAAAUAAAGAAGAAGGUUGGAAUGUCUGUGAAGCAUUCACAUCCUUCUAAACAAGAAGCAGAGUUAGAUAUGUAUGCUGAUGACUUUGAUGAGAAAGAGAAAGCAAAGUUGGAUGAUAGUGAAAGCAGUGUUAAAGGAACAGGAAGCUCUGGAAAGGAUGAGGCUGAAGAGGACGAGGUGACUUGGGAAUUGAAAUGGUCACAAGACGAGAAUGCACAAACCCAUGGUCCCUAUACAAGUCAGCAGAUGCACGCGUGGGCGAAAGAGGGAUAUUUUAAAAGCGGAGCAUGGGUGCAGAGAACAGGACAAGCUAAUCAGUUUUACAAUGCCGGAAGAGUGGAUUUUGAACUUUAUUUGUGAUAUCUUUGUCUAGUAUAGCCGUCUGUUUAAACAAAAUACAAAAGAAAGAAAAUAGGUCUGUAAUAUUUUGAGAAUAAUGUAAAGCUUGAUCUAAUACCGUAAAAACUAGUGCUCGGUUCGAUAUAAUAGAAAUUCAAUGCAAUUGAAACGAAUGUCCGAUUCCAUAACGUGUCAAAUGUGUACGAUACUGUAACAAAAUUCAGUGAAGAACCAUUCAGGGAUUACAAUCAAGUAAUGAGUUAAAAGUUCUUGUCUUUAUUUAAACAUGUGUAUCAUCAGUACUAAACACUGAGUAACAAUCCAUUCCACGUAUGUUCAAAGCAUACGAGAGAGAGAGAAGUGUCCAUUCUUGAUGCAUAUCGCACGAAUAAAACUUUGUAA